AUGUUCUGCGCGCCUGUCACCACUGGAUACGUCUCCCUCGACACGAUUGACUGCAUGUGCUCAAACCCCAUCAUGGGAAGCACAGUAGAUACCAUCCAUCAAUCUCGAGGCGGGCCGUGUCGGCCUCAGCCGAACUAUACACUUUCUAACGGCAACACCACAUACCUGGAAGACAAAGUUCUUACGGCCCCGUUGGACUAUUUGCGAGAGUCACCCGGCAAAGACGUACGUGGCGGCUUGACGAAUGCCUUCAACCAAUUCCUCUGUGUUCCCGAGGACAAGGUCACCGUGAUCAAGCGCAUCAUCGAUCUACUCCACAACGCCUCUCUGCUCAUCGACGAUAUCCAGGACUCGUCCAAACUGCGACGGGGUGUCCCCGUUGCCCACAGCAUCUUUGGCAUCGCACAGACAAUCAACUCUGCCAACCUGGCUUACUUCAUGGCCCAGAAAGAGCUGGAUCACCUGACAAACCCUCGAGCGUACGCCAUCUUCACCGAGGAGCUCAUCAACCUCCACCGAGGCCAGGGCAUGGAGCUUCAUUGGAGAGACUCCCUCCACUGCCCAACCGAGGACGAAUACAUGCGGAUGGUUCGGAACAAGACGGGGGGCCUGUUCCGGCUCGCCAUCCGGUUGAUGCAAGGCGAAAGCGCCAGCAGCCGUGACUACGUCCCGCUGGUUGAAACCCUUGGCGUCUUGUUUCAAAUCCGGGACGACUACCAGAACUUGCAAAGUGACCUUUACUCCAAGAACAAGGGCUUCUGCGAGGACAUAUCCGAGGGCAAGUUCUCGUAUCCCAUCAUUCACAGUAUUCGGUCGCGCACCGGGGACCUUCGAUUGCUCAACAUUUUAAAACAGCGCAGUGAGGACCCCAUGGUGAAGCAGUACGCCGUUGAGUACAUCAAAUCGACGGGAAGCUUUGCUUAUUGCCAGCAAAAGAUUGAGUCUUUGAUCCGGCAGGCAAAGGCUCAAUUGGCAUCCCUUGAAGACGGAACCGGCCGGGGAGAGCAAAUGCGAGCAAUUCUCAAGUUGUUGGAAAUCUAA